AUGAAAGAAUAAUCGCUAGCAGAAGGAUAUACUUCUAAGAUAUAAAAAUUUCAGUUCAAGAAUCCUAUUCCUAUUUUACAAGAUUGUAUAGCUGAAAUAGAUAGUGUUAAAAGAAUAGAAAAAUGUGUAUAGGGAUUAUAAAUAAUAUCAGAUGCUUUUCAUUAAGAAGAUUAAUUAGAAUAAAUAUUGUAGUAGCAUGAAUUAGUAAAGCUGCUAUUGAUUGUUAAAUAUAUUGCUGGUUCUUAGGUUGAUAUGAUUCUUGAUUUUUUAAUGGAAAAAUAUAUUAAAAACUCUAAUUUAAUUGAUGCUAUCUUUAAAGCCUGCGCUUUUUUUAGUGUUGAAAGUGAAAAAGAUGAUCUUUCAUUUAAAGAUUAUUAGUAAAACUAAACUAUAAUUUAAUAAAGUGUUUAUUUUGAAAAUAAGGAGGAUGUUAAAUAACUCUAAUAUCGCCACAUAAAUAAAAUCUACUUUACAGAAAUAAUAUAAAAUAAUAUUAUUGAAAUAAAGUAAUUGUGCUUCGAUUAUUCUUUUUUAGUCAUCGAAUCUUUUCUUCAAAAGAAAUUUACAGAUUAGUAAGAGAUAGAUGGGAUUAUAAAUAUUUAUCUUUAAUUUUAUGAUUUCAGUUAAAACGAAAGUAUCAAAUAGAGAGUUAAAUAGCUACUAGUAAAAUACAAAUAAGACUACCCUUGGAUACUUUAAAAUAAAUUAAUUAGGAUUAAAGUUUACAGAAUCUUAGGCAUAAAUAAAAAGUAAAAAUCUUUAGACAAUAUAUCUUCCCCUUAAGUUAACUCUAACUAUAAUGUUAAAAGCGAAAAUAAAAAUUCUAACUUAUCGAAUCUUUCUAGUUACUAGACUAGUGACUUAGAUGGAGAAGAAGAUGAGGAGUUAGAAAAUAAUUAAGAUAUUUUAUAAACCUAUUAUAGCGAGGAUAAUAGAUAAUUUUCUCUUGUUGUUCAGAAAUAAAAGCCAAGUAAUAAGAUUAAACAAAAUGACUAUACAGAAAAAAUAGAAGAAAAAGUUAGAAGCUAAUCAUUUGAAGAAAAAUCACCUACUAAUAAAGGGAAAAAUAAAAGUGUUUUUUUUGCUUAAGAUGACUCUUUGACUUCAUCACCAAAGGGUAGUCCUAGUAAGAAUUCACAAUAAGGCACAUUUGAAGAUUUUAAAUCUGCUACAUUUAGUUUAAAAUUACAGAAAACACCUUCAAAUAAGCUACUUAAGUUGGAACAAAAAGUUUAAAGUAGUCCAACAGUUCACAAGAUAUAAUAAUAGUAAAAGGCUAUGGGUUCAUAAAAAAUAGAAGAAUGGAUUAUAAAUAGUAGUAAAGAAGAUUUAUUCAUUCUAAAAAAUGAUCAGACAAAGGCUACCUUUAAAAGUAGUUUCAGUUUGAGCUUAGUUAUUCUUUUUAUUAUCAAACCUAAGGAUAUGCCUCUUAAUAAAGAGCUUCUUAGAAAAGAAGAAAUGAAAGGAGUCAUAUUUGAAGCACCAGUGGGAUUUAGAAGAAGCUUAGCAGAAAUGUUUGCAGCACGUCCGUGGGAAAUUAACAGCUAUAUUUUUAGAAGUUUCAAAGCAAUGGAAUUUUUAUUGAUAUACGAAAAUUUCGAAUACCUUCUAAGAUUUAAUAAUGUAGUUGAAAUGUUUUUUGAAGAAUUAAACAAAGUUAUGCUAAACAGCAGUUGCUGUAACUACAAUCACGUAGCUAACUGUAUAGAAUUUUUUCUAAAAUAUGUCCCUGAAAUGACCUUAAUAGAAAUGACAAAAUAUAACAUUUUGUAUCACUUAAUUGGUUUUUUUGAUUAUCCUCAAGUACAGAGACUGUUUUAUUUAUUAUUUAACAUAAAUUAUAAAAAUGAAUACCCUGUACAAGACCAUUUAUUGAAAAAAUUUUGGGAAUACACUUAGACAACUUAUUUAUUUAGAGAACUUUUAACUAUGAUGCUUUUUUGUGAUUUAAAAAAACUAAGAAAAAUGUAUAAAGAAGAACAUUUGUAGUCUAAGCCAACAUCUGAUAUAAUAACAUAUUUUUCUCAGUAACGAAAGAAGCUUAAGGAUUUUGAAAGCUUAAAAGUUUACAACAAGAGUGUUGCAGAAGAAGAAUUUGGUUUUGCUGUAGAUAUUGAUAAAAUUAAGACAAACAUAGUUAAAAGUAGAAUGAGCGUUUUAAAAGGAGCAUUUUCAAGAGGUUUAAUUUAAAUAUCUUAAAACUUAGACCCAAUACAAACAAAAGAAAUGAAGCAAAUUCAAGCUUAAAAAAAACAAUCAAUCUCUAGUAAAAGAGGUUCAUUAAUUUAAAAUAAUUAAAGCAAAUAAAAUUAAGAAAAUGAAACUAAUUAAUUCCAAAAUUAGCCUGAAUAAAGCUAACAUCUCAAAAUGGUAAUAAAGGGAAAUAAAAAUGUAUAAAAGUUUAUUUAACAAAAUUAAUAAUAAAUGAAAUUUUCUGAUAUAGUAGAAAUAGCUAAGAAAAAUAAGUAAAUAAUCAUUCAAAAUGAUCAAAAUUUGAAGGAGGAGGCUGAUGAAUCAAAAAAUUAAGAAAAUGGUAAAAAAUUAUAAAAUUAGUAAGAAGAUAAAAGAAAAACUUAGAAUGCCAAUUCAAAAAGAAAUAGAUCUACGAGUUAUAAUAAUAAAAAUGAUAAUAUCAAUCAAAGUUUUACAAUAAAAAAUUAAAAAGAGUUCAAUUCUAAGUCAAUAAAUAAAAUUAAUGACUCUACUACCAGCAAUUCUUUUGUAAUAAAUUCUGUAGCCAAUUAAAAAAGAAGAUCAAUUUCUGAAAGGAAUCUUAGUUCUUUAAGAUGCAAAACAGAGUCUAGCUAAAUAUCAAACAAAUUUCUUCCUGAAAUAACCUUAAAUUAGUCAUUCUAUAUGAAAAUGCAGAAAAAAGAAGAAGUGAGUGACUCAAUAAAAAAAUUGAGUUAAAAAGAAUUAUAACUCUUGAAAACAGUAAAAAUAGUUAAUUAAAAUGGAGUAAAUAGAGUUAUGCCUUAGCUAUUUAAUGUCAAGUUACUCAAUAAAUAGGAAUCAUAUCUAAAUGAUUUAAACAAAUUAGGUGAAUUGUAUCCGGCUUAAAAUGAUUUCUUUUACAACUAAAGUUAAAAUGAUGUUUUAGCAGAAUAAACAUACUUUUCUUUAGAUACUCUCAUUUAAAAUGAUACAUAUUCACAUACAAUAGCCCAAUUCAUAUUUAACUUACUGAGAAAUAUCAUCUAGGAAGAAUGUGAGGAAGAUCUAUUUAAAUUACUCAAUUUAAAAACAUUUGAUUAUGAGCAUCUUUUAGAUUGUAUUAUAUUUUCCGAUUAACAAUACAACUUGUUUGAGUACAUAAUGAAGAAUUAUAUUUUCAAACUAAAAAUACAUCCAAUAACUCCAGAAAAUUCAGCCUUUGUUUGUGGAAAAAUGAUUAAUUGGUUUCUAUCAAACAGCAAUCAUAAGUUACUUUAAAAGUACAAGGAAUAAAUAAACUUAGUAGCAAAAAGGCACUUUAAGAUAUUGUGUAAGUUAAUUAUAAAUAGUUAUGGGUGGAAAUUAAAGAAGAGCGACUCAUUUUUGAAAUUAUAGAAAGACUAAUUAAUAGAUUAACCUAUAGGAUCUGCAAGACUUUUGCUAUUAGAAACAUUAUAUUUGAUCAUUAAAGAAGAAACAGAACAUAAAGUAGAGAUGAUAGAAUUUAUCCCUGAAACAUGUUGGAAUGCUCUCUUCAACUUCUUUUUUAAUGACAAAAAUAAUACUGUCUACCAUGCUAAAUUUUUUUAGUUUUAUGAGGAGUGUCUGUAAUAUUUUAAAAUGCACACUUUUUUUAGUAUCUGGAUCAAACUAAAUUACAUUUAAAAUUUAUUAACUAUUCAUGAAAAUAUUCACUAGCAUGACUCUUUAAAGUUUUAUUUAAAAAAGUUUGUAUUAUCAAUCAUAUAAUUAAUUGAGUAAAAGCAUAUAGAAAUGAGCAGCUUAUCUUAAAUUUUGAGUUCAUCAGAAUCAUGGAAAAUAAUUUCUAAACCUUACAUUUAAAACUCAAUCCCUUCAUUGUAAGAAUUAAACACAACAAAAUAAGGAUUUAAAAAAAGUAUCAAGUCAUUUUCUAAAUUCAAAGAUGAUGAUAUAAAUAGCUCUUAGAAGUUAAUUAAAUCUUAAAAUUUUAGAAGCAGUAGCAGCGAAAAGCAUUUACCUAGCAAAUAAAAAUCAUAUUCCUCUGAAUAAUAUUCUGAAGAGAAUAAAAUUAAGUCAACCUAAUAAAAUCUAAUAACAAAUAAAAACAUAGAAAAGAGCUAAAUAAUUAAGUAAAUUGCAAACAAUCAGAAUAUAAUUAAAGUAAAUUCUGACUAGUCAGAAAGCAUUGUGAAAAGGCUUGACGAGAAAGCAAACAAAAUAAUAUAAAUGGCAUGGUAAAAUACCGUUUUCUUUAACUAGGUUAUGACAAAAAAGAAAAACCAAAUAGACUUUGAAGAAAUGCCAUUUUUAAAAAAAUGA